UAUCCAACCUUUUUUUUUUUUCCAAACCCUAUUUGCCAAAAACAAAACAAAAAUAAAAACGAUAUCUUUUCUCAACUUCUCUAAUUUGGGUUCAACAGAGUGGAAAAUUUCAAGCUUUUUUCAGCACCAAAAGGGACUUUCAUCAUUCAUGGCCAUGAUAGAUGCAAUGUUUGGGUGACAAUUUCUUGUGCCUGACUCUUCUUUCUUCCAAUUAAAUAUGAAACCCACAUAUUUGAAGAGAACCCAAAAUUUCCAUCCUCUCUCCCUAUCCAAUUUCAACCUCUCAGGCUCCUAAAAUAGACCAGUUCAUGGUUUCGAUCUCGUGGGGUUUGCUCAUUUGACAAGGUCCUCUCGAAGCCACCACCUCUCUCUGUCUCUCUUUCUCUGUUUACAUCUUUUCCCCCCCUUUCUUGAUCUAUCACUAAAACCCGAACAAAUGUACGGAACACAAAGUAAGAGAGACAUUGCCUUUGAACUUCAAUCUCAAAUUCCAAUCUUGAGGCCCAGCAUCCAUGCCAGGAGGGCACACCUAGUUGUAAAGUUCCAAGAUCUCUAUGGUUUCACAGUAGAGGGGAAUGUGGAUGAUGUCAAUGUGUUGAAUGAGUUGAGAGAGAAGGUGAGGCAGCAGGGCAGAAUUUGGUGGGCAUUGGAGGCCAGCAAAGGAGCCAAUUGGUACUUGCUGCCUUCUAUCUCCGAAGGCCAAUCCCUCAAGGCUUCACUUAAGUUAUCAGCUUUGGCAAACGCCGUAACUCUAAAGAGGCUCAUCAGGAAGGGAAUUCCGCCGGUACUCCGGCCCAAGGUGUGGUUUUCUCUUUCUGGGGCGGCUAAGAAGAAAUCCACGGUGCCGGAGAGCUAUUACAAUGACUUGACCAAGGCGGUCGAUGGGAAGGUCACCCCGGCGACGAGACAGAUUGAUCAUGACCUACCACGAACUUUCCCUGGUCACCCAUGGUUGGACACUCCAGAGGGUCAUGCUGCUCUCCGCCGUGUUCUUGUAGGAUAUUCUUUCCGUGAUUCUGAUGUUGGUUAUUGUCAGGGCCUAAAUUAUGUUGCAGCAUUACUAUUGCUUGUAAUGAAAACAGAAGAAGAUGCAUUUUGGAUGUUGGCUGUCCUUUUGGAAAAUGUAUUAGUUCAUGAUUGCUAUACAAACAACUUAUCAGGAUGCCAUGUUGAACAAAGAGUUUUCAAAGAUCUACUUGCUAAAAAGUGCCCAAGGAUAGCCACUCAUUUGGAAGCUUUGGAUUUUGAUGUCUCACUUGUUGCGACAGAGUGGUUUCUAUGCCUCUUUUCUAAAAGCUUGCCUUCAGAGACAACUCUGCGGGUGUGGGAUGUCCUGUUUUAUGAGGGGGCAAAGGUUCUAUUCCAUGUGGCAAUGGCAAUCUUUAAGAUGAGAGAGGAGGAGUUGCUUCUAACCUAUCAUGUUGGUGAUGUGAUUAACAUAUUGCAGAGAACCACUCAUCACCUCUUUGAUCCUGAGGAAUUACUUACGAGAUAUGGAGGGGGAAACAUGAAAGUGCAUGCAAGUGGAAUCGUUUCAGCUUGUUCUUUGCAUAGCAAUUGUAGGCACCGGUCAACAAAUUGGAAUGAACAAUUACUCUUUUCUUUUUUGGGUAAGUUGGAACAAAAUUCUAAACUAAAUUAGGGAGAAAAGCAAAACAAAAUGAAGACUGAUAAAUCAAUGAUUCGGCAUCACUUACACAAAAUUCAGUGAACUUACUAAAGAUGGAAUGUGCACACAUUUGGUGAACUUAAUUCAGUGAACACAGUGAAAGAAGCUUUAAAAACUUUUCUUUGGUGUGCCCACACCUGCUUUGCAUGUUGCCCUAAAUCAUAUUAGCUAUGUUGCUCUGUGGUAUGAAUCACUUAUUUCUCUGUAUCUUUUGACUCAUCAAUUUGAAGAUUUUAUCAAGUUGGCUAAAUAAAUCCUAAUAAAACUCUUUUUAAUUUGACCUUGCAGGUGGCGUUUGAUAAGAUUGGUUCUAUGACAACCAAUACAAUAUCUAAGCAAAGAAAAAAGCAAGAACCAGCAGUCA